UAAGAUUCAGUGUUUUCUACAUUUGUGAAACAUUUCAGCAAAACGAAAAAUAAUGAUAAUGAUUAACUUUUGCAGUUUAACAUAUUAAAAAUACAUUUAUCGCAAUCUUUUUAAAUUAAUUUGUUCUUAGUUUAUUACUGUUUACUUGUCUUUAAAAAUGUUUGAACUUUACAUUAGUUAGGCAAAACGUGACGUUUCACUGGUAUGUAAAAUGUUGGUGUCACAAUAACCUUAUUUAUUAAAAUACAAGGUUAAAUGUGUCAAAAAAAACGAAAACAUUAGCUAAAUGUGACAUGAAUUAAAAUGGGUUCAUGUGAAGAUUAAGUUCAUUUGAAUGAAAAGUUAUUUGUGAAUUGUUUUCUCAGAUCUUCACUGACAGAAGCGAGAGCUCUGAAUCAUCUUCUGGUCUUGCAGUAAUUAGGACGCGCCUCAGCUGGACAUUUUUUCUCUUUUGCGUCUUCUUGUGGGUUUCCAGCUUUGUGGCGCUCCCGUGGGUGCAGCGGAGGCUUUAUAUUCAGACGCGAUGGGUCACGGACCUCAGAAAGCCGGCGUUCACACAGUCGCCCUGCUGCGUCUCUGAAUCUCUGAAGCAGCUCUAUGGACCUCUGCGUCACCAUCAAAGGGGUCUCGUUCCUCCUGCAGGCAGGCCUGGGGAUCCUGGCCAACGCGCUGGUCCUGCUGGCCUACGCCCACAUCCUGCUGACCGAGGCGCAGCUGCAGCCCGUGGACGCCAUCCUGUGCCACCUGGCCUUCGCCGACCUGCUGCUGCUGCUGACGCGCGGCGUCCCGCAGACCAUGACCGUCUUCGGCAUGAAGAACCUGCUGGACGACGCCGGCUGCAAGGUGGUCAUCUACACGUACCGCAUCGCCCGCGCGCUGUCCGUCUGCAUCACCUGCAUGCUGAGCGUCUUCCAGGCGGUGACCGUCGCACCUGCGGCCGGGCCGCUCCUGUCCCGCUUGAAGGCCCGGCUCCCGCAGCUGCUCGUCCCCACCUUCGCCGUGCUGUGGUUCAUCAACAUGGCUGUCUGCAUCGCUGCGCCGUUCUUCUCCGUGGCCCCUCGCAACGGCACCGUCCCCCCGUUCACGCUCAACCUGGGCUUCUGCCACGUGGACUUCCGCGAUAACCUGUCCUACGUGAUUAACGGGGUGGCCGUGUCGGUGCGCGACUUCGCGUUCGUGGGUGUGAUGCUGGGCUCCAGCGGGUACAUCCUCGUCCUGCUUCACCGCCACAGCAGGAAGGUGCGGGGCAUCCGCCGCUCGCAGGGUGCCUCUAUGGAAACACGGGCGGCCAAGACUGUGGUGAUGCUGGUGGUUCUGUACACGGUGUUUUUCGGCAUUGAUAACGUCAUCUGGAUCUACAUGCUGACGGUGGCGCAGGUGCCGCCCGUGGUGGCCGACAUGAGGGUGUUUUUCUCCUCGUGCUACGCCUCUCUCAGUCCGUUCCUCAUCAUCUCCUCUAAUAAGAAGGUCAAAGCGAGGAUGGUGUGUGCGACCUCGGACCAGGAGCGGCAAGCAGAGGACAACAAGCAGUCGAAUGUCAAAAGCUGAGCUCCAAGUCUUAGUGAUGCUAAUAGUGCCGCAGACGUGG